AUGUGUCCUAUGCAUUCAUCAUCCACAACCACUACUACGUAUGUUCAAGAUACGAAUACACAAAAUGAUACUAAUGAAAACUCUAGUACAAUUGUAAGAAUAUUAAAAUUGGCUCCACAGAAAGUUGUUAGAUGGGAUGAGAACACUAUUGAUAAUGAAAAUGCUCAAAAGAAGUCAUCCAAAGUAUGCUGCAUUUAUCACAAACCAAAAAAUUUUGGUGAAAGUUCUGAUUCUGAAUCGGAUUUAGAUUCAGAUGUAGAACAACCAGAUACCCAAAAAAAAUGCAACUCAAGUUGCCAAAAGGACAAUCCAAAUAACGAUAAGAAUGAAGAAUUAGAAUUAAAAAAAUAA